GCCCGCCGCCGCCGCGAUGCUGUGGCUGCUGGUGGCGCCGCUGGCCCUGGCGCUCGCCUACUUCGCGCUGCUAGAUGGCUGGUACCUGGUGCGCGUGCCGUGCGCCGUGCUGCGCGCGCGCCUGAGGCCGCCCGUCCGCGACCUGCUGGCGGAGCAGAGCUUUCCAGGCCGCGUGCUGCCCUCCGACCUGGACCUGCUGCUGCACAUGAACAAUGCGCGGUACCUGCGUGAAGCCGACGUGGCGGGCGCCGCGCACCUGACCCGCUGCGGCGUGCUCGGGGCGCUGCGCGCGCUCGGGGCGCGCGCCGUGCUGGCUGCCUCGUGCGCGCGCUACCGCCGCUCGCUGCGCCUGCUCGAGCCCUUCGAGGUGCGCACUCGCCUGCUGGGCUGGGACGACCGCGCCUUCUACCUGGAGGCACGCUUCGUCAGCCUGCGCGACGGCUUCGUGUGCGCUCAGGUGCGCUCCCGCCAGCACGUGCUGGGCACUUCACCUGAGCGCGUCGUGCAGCACCUCUGCAAGCGCAGGGUGGAGCCCCCGGAGCUGCCGGAAGACGUGCAGCACUGGAUCGCCUACAACGAGGCCAGCAGCCAGCUGCUCCGUGCCGAGAGUGGGCUCAGCAUCGCUGCCAAAGAUGAGUGA